AUGUCGGCUCAACUAGAUGUGGGCACGGUCGUGCUGACUGCCUCUUUGGUCGUUUUAGGCACCGUUGGGAUUCUGACGAACGCCGCUUUGAUUUUCUUCUACGUCCGACGGCCGAUAAUGCGCACCUCGACUAAUGUUUUCAUGGUCCACAAGGCUUUGCCGGAUCUGAUCUCCCUGCUUCCCGUUCCUCUUCGUCUGCUUGAGAUUCUGAGCGGGGAGGAUGGCUGGUCUUCGAGUGGGUGGAUGUGCAAGUUUGUCGUGACUGUGGAGACUCUCUGUAUGAUCGUCAGCGCUAACAUCGUCUUCGCUUUGGCGUACGACCGACUGACCGCCGUCACCAAGCCGGGAGACGGGUUGGAGCGCACGGUCACGAAGGCCCGCAACCACGUCGCCGCGGCCUGGGUCUACAGCCUCCUCCUGGCGCUACCCGUGGCGGCAGCGAGUUGGGUCGUCGUGUGGCCGCCGGGGAACUCGUUCAAACAACCCACCUGCGGCUAUCGGUGGCCCGCUGGUGAGAUGUACCACUCCAUGUACUUCGGCAGUCUCUUGGUCAUCAUCUUCGCCCUUCACUAUGUCUUCUACGCCUGCUUCGCCUACCUGACCUGGAAGCGAGUCCGGCAGAGCAAGGAGGAGUUCUUGGCUCGCCAUGAUACCCUACAACGCUGCUGUGCUGUGGCUGGGAUCAUCUGCCUCAACUUCAUCGCGUACUUUGUCUACUGGGCCCAGCACGUGUACAUCAUGGUCAGUCUUGGAGAAGAUCAGACUCAUGUGCCCCACAUCCCGUCCAGCUUGACUGACCCGCUCUCCAUAGCCGCAUCGGUGGCCGUCUACGUUGCAGCAAGCUCCAAUCUCCUCAUCUACAGCUCCUGCAUGGACCAGUGGCGUAGCGUGGCCCGGGACGCGCUUCGCUGCCGGUGCGGGGCAGGAGGAGGCGUGAGGCCCGUCAACGGGGAGGACGCGGUCGCCGUCAUCGAUGUGACCGCUGCGACGGAUGAGCCACAGAGCAACAUCGGACACUUGAACCGCGACGAUGACAACGACAAUCACAGCAUUAUAAACCUGGCCAAUCCUCAGCAAUCGGAUGAAGAGAUGGACGUUCAGGAGAUUGCAUUAUGA